AACGCUGCGGUGCGGAGUCCACACUCCACAGGAAAGGCCAACAACGGCUGGCUCAGGUGAGGUCGCCGCUGCCACCACCACCACCACCGGAUCGAGACCGACGCCGCGCCCGCGCGGAUAGGAUGAGGCCGCCGGUGAGCAGGGCCGCCUUCGCGUCCGUGCUCAUGGGGCCGCGCGCGCUCGGGGCGUCUCUUGUCGCCGCCCGCUGUGCCGCCUCCUCCCCUGCCGCCGCAGCCACCGCUGCCGUCACUGCCUACGAUCAUGCAUCGUUUGUCAAUGAAAUCGCCGUAACCAGUCCUCCGGAGCAUCUCAACUCUCUCCUGAAUGUGCUUCAAGCACGAGGUGAAAAGAUUGUUUCUCCUGGAGCAAAAAGAGGGUUGAUUCCAUGUGUUGUUCCCUUGUCAGAAAGUCCAGCAGGUAAUUUGACAUCACUCCUUAGAUGGCCAACCGCUCCAACUGGGAUGGAAAUGCCUGUUGUGGAAGUUCGUAAACAUGGGUUGUGGCUUUUGGCUAAGAAUGUGAAACAGUAUAUCCAUAGAAUACUUGUUGAGGCUGACAUCAAUGCUGAUACUGGUGAUGAUUUAUGGACUGCCGUGGGUGAAGCUGGUAACCUUUAUGCUAAAGGUGACUUCAAAGAGUCACAGCUGCCAGACCUUGAUGUCUAUUUGUUGAAGAAGGUUGGACUUUUCCCUGAUGUUAUAGAGAGGAAAACAUUGCGCCAUCUCGAAAAAGGAGAUAACGUCUCGGCUCUCAUUACUGGAGAAUUCUAUAGUAGAGAUCAAUUUCCUGGAUUUGGAAGACCUUUUGUGUUCAAUGCAGAGAUCUUAAAAAGAGUUGGACGUACAUCUGAAGCCAAAGAUUCAGCUCGAGUGGCUCUGAAAUCACCAUGGUGGACACUUGGCUGCAGUUACGAAGAGGCUGCUGAACUAGCUGGGUGGGAGGAUGAGCAGCUCGAGUUUAUAAGAGAGAAGGUAACUGAGGAGGGUAAGCGUGAGGAUCUGAAGAAAGGAAAGGCUCCAGAACAGGUGGUUCUUGACGAGGCGGCAUUCUUAAUGGAUUUAGCGUCUGUGGAUGGUAACUGGGAUGAGGUCGUGGAUCGGAUUGCUGAGUGUUACAGAGAAGCUGGGCUUCAUGACAUUGCAAAUUUCAUUGCCUACAGGGAAUAGAUGUUAGAUUCCCUAUGGUCUACAAUGUUGUUCAAGAAAUUUUGGUUCUUUCAUGCUCUGAUAUUUAUUCUUAUAUAAGAGAAGAAGACCCAAUGCCUACAUUACAGCAGUCCUUUUUUUUCUCUUGUCAGUUAGUGAUCAGCACCAUAAUUUCAUGCCUGUAUAGCUCUGAAUGUACUUUUGCCAUUUAAAUUUUCAUGCUUAUUCAGGAUUAAUAUGUGCCUAGAGCGCAUUUUUAUCUUCUUGAUCGAUGGCAGAUUUGCUUUGAUUCAGG